AUGCGCCAACUCGCCCUUCUCGGUGGCAUGACUUAUGGCGCAACGUCGAUAUAUUACAACCUCAUUAACAGAGAGAUACAGCGCCGUCUCGGCGGCGCCAACUCCGCCACCCUCCUACUCCAAUCCUUCAACCACGCCGAGAUGCAAGACCUCUUCGAAGCCGGCCAAUGGACUGCCGUCACCAAGAAGUUCAGCACCGCCGCCCAAAAUCUCAAAACGGCUGGCGCGGAAGGCGUGAUGAUCUGCUGCAAUAUCGGCCACAAAGUCGCCGCGGAAGUGGAGCGGGAGUGUGGGGGGUUGGAGGUGUUGCAUAUUGUUGAUCCCACAGGCAGGUUGAUUCGCGAGAGGGGGUUGAGGAAGGUGGCGCUGAUUGCGACGAGGCCGGUCAUGGAGGAGGCGUUCUUCAAGGAGCGGUUGAGGGAGAAGUUUGGGAUCGAGGUUGUGGUUCCCGAUGAAGGGGCGAGAGAGGCGAUUCAUAAGAUGAUUUUCACGGAGUUGGGGGCGAAUGUUUUUCAUGAUGGGCAGAAGAGAAUAUUGAAGGGCGCGAUUGAGCAAACGGUUCGGGAAGGGGCGGAGGGUGUCAUCUUUGCGUGUACGGAGCUGCAGUUUGUGGUCAAGCAGGAGGAUGUGAAUGUGCCGCUAUGGGAUACGAUGGAGGGCCAUGCCAGAGGGGCAGUGGAAUGGAUGUUGGCGGAUGGGAGGGCUGGGGAGUGA